GUAUCUAAGGGAGAAUUUCCCUCGACUGAAGAGGCCGUACACAGUGGCUAUAGCAUGCUACGCUUUAGCAGUAUCCAACCAUGGCUGCAUGAAGAGCAUGCUGUUAAAGUUUGCCUCACCGGAUCGUACCCACUGGACUGACUCUGAUAAUCGCUUUUUCACACUGGAAGCUACUGGCUAUGCAUUGUUAGCACUGAUCAAAGAAGGUCAUAUGAAGGAGUCAGUUGCCCCUUUUCAAUGGUUAAAUGAGCAACGUGACAUCGGAGGAGGGUAUGGCUCAACUCAGUCCACUAUGGUAGUACUACAAGCCCUCGCUGAGUACCUGGUAAAGAGGCCUCCUCCUUCUAAACGUACAUUAAGGGUGGAGCUCCAUGUGCCCGGUGACAGAAUUACUCUGUGGAACUUCCUUCCCAAAAUGGUUCAUAAGCUUCAAACUGCUCAGGUACCAGUUGACAAGGAAUUCAAAGUGGUGGCUACUGGGAAUGGCAAGGGAAUUUUGGAGGUAGUAACAGUGUACCAUGAGCUUCCUGAUGUGUAUGAGAACAGCACAUGUAAUGGCUUCCAACUGGAUGUCUCCAUUGCUAAAGCUAAUGAAAAUCCCCGACCAGAUGUUGAAAUGUCUUACAAACUUACUAUCAGAGUGAGGGCUCUUGAGGGAGAGCGAAGAAUGGUGAUUCUGGAUAUAGGCUUGCCCACCGGCUUUGAGCCUGAAAACUCUGACUUAGAGCAGAUAAAUGCUGUAGCAGGUUCUACUCUCCUCCUGAAGAUAAAAAUCAGCUGAAUAAUAUCUGCAAAAGUAAUGUGUGUCUCUGCUCACAGGGUAACUGCUGUGUACGAAAACCAGAAAAUAUGUCUUCUGGAAAACAGCAGUGGAAACUAGCUG